GCCAAGCGGAAGGAGACUGUGGGCCGUCUGCGCGUGCUUUGCUGGUAAUGGCGGCCUCCAAGAAACCUUUGGAGUUCCACGCCAAGCGGCCCUGGCGGGGAGAGGAGGCGGUAGAAGAUCCGGACGAGGACAGCGAGGAGGAUCAGGAUGACGCCGAGAAUGGGUUCUCUCUGGAGGAAGUAUUACGGCUCGGAGGCACCAAGCAAGAUUACCUUAUGCUGGCUACUUUGGAUGAAAAUAAGGAAGUGGUGGAUGGAGGCAAAAAAGGAGCAAUCGAUGACCUUCAGCAAGGUGAACUGAAAGCAUUUAUCCAAAAUCUUAGUUUGGCCAAGUAUGCAAAAGCUUUCUUAGUUGAAGAAGAUGAACCAACUAAAAAAGAAAAUGCCAGCAAAAAAGAAGCAAGAGUAUCUAAAGUAGAUAAUAAAAAGCAAAAUGCAGUACAAAGUGAAAGGACAUCACUCGGUAAGGUGAAAAAUAAGAAGAAGCCAGAACAACAUUCUGAUGAGAACACCAGUGUCACCCCAAAAGUUAAGAAAGAUAAACAACAGGAUAUCUUUGAAUUUUUUGAGAGACAGACAUUGUUACUCAAACCUGGAGGUAAAUGGUAUGAUCUAGAGUACAGCAAUGAAUAUUCUUUGGAACCCCAGCCUCAGGAUGUUGUGUCUAAGUACAAAACCUUGGCUCAGAAACUGUAUGAGCAUGAAAUCAACUUAUUCAAAAAUAAGACAAAUAACCAGAAGGGAGCUUCUUCUACCUGGAUGAAAACAAUUGUGUCAUCAGGGACAUUAGGGGACAGGAUGGCAGCCAUGAUUCUUCUUAUUCAGGAUGAUGCUAUUCACACACUCCAAUUUGUAGAAACUCUUGUGAACCUUGUGAAAAAGAAGGGUAGCAAACAGCAGUGCCUCAUGGCUUUGGAUACUUUCAAAGAAUUACUCAUUACAGACCUUUUGCCAGACAGCCGGAAGCUACGGAUUUUCAGCCAACAUCCCUUCAACAAACUAGAACAGUUGGCCAGUGGCAACAGGGACUCAAGAGAUAGAAGACUAAUAUUAUGGUAUUUUGAACACCAGCUGAAACACCUGGUGGCUGAAUUCGUGCAGGUCUUAGAAACUUUAAGUCAUGAUUCAUUAGUAGCCACUAAAACUCGAGCUCUUAUUGUAGCUCAUGAGCUGCUUUGUAAUAAACCUGAGGAAGAAAAGGCUCUUCUUGUGCAGGUGGUGAAUAAACUGGGAGAUCCUCAGAACAGAAUAGCCACGAAAGCCUCCCAUCUGUUAGAGACAUUGCUCUGUAAGCAUCCCAAUAUGAAAGGAGUUGUAUGUGGCGAAGUAGAAAGGCUGCUCUUUCGCUCAAAUAUCAGCUCCAAAGCGCAGUAUUAUGCAAUUUGCUUUUUAAAUCAAAUGGUCCUUUCCCAUGAAGAAAGUGAAUUAGCUAAUAAGUUAAUUACUCUUUAUUUUUGUUUUUUUCGGACUUGUAUCAAGAAAAAAAAUAUUGAAUCAAAAAUGCUUAGUGCCCUUUUAACAGGAGUAAAUAGAGCAUAUCCUUAUGCCCAGACUGGUGAUGACAAAGUGAGGGAGCAGGUCGACACACUCUUUAAAGUGCUGCAUGUUGUGAAUUUUAAUACCAGCGUACAAGCUUUAAUGUUGCUUUUCCAAGUAAUGAAUUCUCAGCAGACGAUAUCAGAUCGAUACUAUGCAGCAUUAUAUAGGAAGAUGUUGGAUCCAGGAUUGAUGAUGUGUUCUAGACAAGCCAUGUUUCUUAAUCUUGUCUACAAAUCUCUGAAAGCUGACAUCGUAUUGCGCAGGGUGAAGGCUUUUGUGAAGAGGUUACUUCAAGUUACUUGUGAACAGAUGCCACCAUUCAUAUGUGGAGCUUUAUACCUUGUGUCUGAGAUCCUUAAAGCAAAACCAGGUUUAAGAAGUCAGCUAGACGAUCAUCCGGAGUCUGAUGAAGAGAAUUUUAUUGACAUAGAAGAUGAUGAAGACACAGAAAAAUUCACCGAUGCAGAUAAAGAAACAGAUCCAGUAAAAAAAGCUGAGACAGAAGGAACUGUGUCAGACAGUGCUAUGGAAACAAAAAAAUCAGAGUCUGCUUCUUGGGUGCACUUUGAUAAUUUGAAAGGUGGCAAACAGUUAAGCACAUACGAUCCAUUCAGUAGAAACCCUUUGUUCUGUGGAGCUGAAAAUACAAGUCUUUGGGAACUCAAAAAGCUAUCUGAGCAUUUUCAUCCCUCUGUGGCCCUUUUUGCAAAGACUAUCCUUCAGGGAAAUUAUAUUCAGUAUUCAGGGGACCCACUGCAGGACUUCACAUUAAUAAGAUUCUUAGAUCGGUUUGUAUACCGAAAUCCAAAGCCACAUAAAGGCAAAGAAAACACAGAUAGUGUUGUGAUGCAACCCAAAAGAAAACAUUUUAUGAAGGAUAUUCGUAGUCUUGCUGUGAAUAGUAAGGAGUUCCUUGCAAAAGAAGAAAGCCAAAUACCAGUGGAUGAACUGUUUUUCUACAGGUAUUAUAAAAAAGUUGCUGUUGUUAAAGAGAAACAAAAACGGAAUGCGGAUGAAGAAAGUAUAGAAGAUGUGGAUGAUGAUGAGUUUGAAAAAAUGAUUGACACAUUUGAAGAUGAUAAUUGUUUCACCUCCGGAAAGGAUGACCUUGAUUUUGCCAGCAACAUGAAAAAGAAAAGAAAAGGUGCUAAGGAAGACCCAGAAGAUGAAGAUUCAGAAGGCAGUGAUGAUGAGCUUGACAACUUGGAUGAUGAUGAAGUUUCUUUAGGAAGUAUGAAUGAAGAAUUCACUGAAAUUGAUGCAGAUGGAGGAACAUUCAUGGAUGUGUUGGAUGAUGAAAGUGAGGGCAUUCCAAAACUUGAUGAUGAAGUCAGCUCUAAAACCAGGACAAAGAGAGGCAAGAGAAAAGGGGCAAAUGAUUUUGACUUUGCUGGAUCAUUUCAAGGACCAAGAAAAAAAAAGAAAGGAAAUUUCAAUGACCCCAACCUAUUUGUAUCUGCUGAGGAGUUUGGCCACCUACUGGAUGAAAAUAUGGGAUCCAAGUUUGAUAACAUUGGCAUGAAUGCCAUGGCCAACAAAGAUAAUGCAAGUCAGAAACAGCUUAGAUGGGAGGCUGAACGUGAUGACUGGCUACACAACAGAGAUGUGAAAAGUAUCAUCAAGAAAAAGAAAAAUUUCAAAAAGAAGAGGCCGAAAGCCACUCAAAAAAUUAAAAAGCAAAGAAAAUGAGUUUUCUAAUUAAAAAUUAAAUUGUACUUACUCCUAAUUUUUGCUAUUCAACCAUUUUUCUUGAUCUUGCUCUCUGACUCCAUACAUUCCAGACUGUUCAAUGGAUUUGUAAUAAACUAUAAAUAAAUACAGCUGUCAUUUAUAAAAUCAUGUAAAGGUAUUAAAAUUAAACUAUAUUGAGAGAAAUCAAACCACUUUUCCUUAUUUCUACAUGGUAAAAUGAAAAAGAUAAUAGGAUACAUAUUUCAUGGAAAGCCCUCCAACAUCUGUACUAAGUAUGGUAAUGAGCACUAUUUAUUAAGCAUUACUUUAUACCAGAUUAUUGUGCUAAGUGAUU